AUGUCGAGGCAGGACGACAAAUGGGGGCUCCCAACUAUUAGGGUCCCUCCUAAUGGUCUGUCAGAUGCAUAUAGGAAAUGGCUUCAGAACCAGAAGGAGCUUGUUGCACAGGUGCUGAAGGCAGCAAUGGCUAUCAAUGCUAAUAUUCUUAUGGAAAUGGAGGUUCCUAAAUCCUACACUGAGUCCCUACCAAAGAAUGGGAAGUCCACCCUUGGAGAUUCAAUGUACAAACUUAUAACCGAUGAUUAUUUUGACCCUGAAGAACUUCUACGCUCCGUAGACUUGUCGGAUGAACACAAUAUUGUUGAUCUGAAGAACCAAGUCAAAGCCUCAGUAGUCAUCUGGCAGAAGAAAAUGACCCACAAGGACAGCAAAUUGUCGUGGGGGCAUAAUUUUAGUCAUGAGAAGAGGGGAAUAUUUGAAGGGAGGGCAGAAAAUGUUCUUCUCCUUAUUAAGCAUAGAUUUCCCAGCAUCGCCCAGUCGGCUCUAGACAUAAGUAAAAUCCAAUGA